AUGCAAGUCAGGCUUAAGAGAGCGAAAGCCAGUAUAGCUGCCAGCUUAAGGCUGCCAGCCAAGUUCCGGACUCAGCCAGCACGUGCACGUCUGCGUUUGCCGUAUCAGAGUCGCAAAUACUCAUCUAAAGGAAAACUGACCUCUGCGGGGAUUUCUGGGCUUAGACCCUGCCUGAUAAGAGAAAACAAAACAGAAAGCUGCUGCCCGGCUCCGCCGCGCCGAGGGACAGCGCUGCCCGGCAGCCCCGGCCGGGCCUCCGCCGCCUCCUCGGCCUCCCCGUCACGGCCGGGGCAGCGGGCCGAGCCCGACGAGGGACGCGUCUACCUCAGCGCCAGCUGCGUGAAGAGGCUGCUGGAGGUCGCCGAGGGCCCCGAGUUCCUGCGGCUGCAGGUGGAAGGAGGCGGCUGCUCCGGCUUCCAGUACAAGUUUUCCCUGGACACGGUUAUCCAUCCCGACGACAGGGUGUUUGAGCAAGGUGGUGCCCGCGUGGUCGUGGACGUGGACAGCCUGGCCUUCGUGAAAGGCUCCAUGGUGGACUUCAGCCAGGAGCUGAUUCGCAGCUCCUUCCAGGUGGUGAGCAACCCCCAGGCCGACAAGGGUUGCUCCUGUGGGACUUCUUUCUCUGUCAAAUUCUGACCGGACUUGCUGUGGAUGGACGCUCUCUGCAGACCCUCCCUGGCAGCCCCUGGAGGGGUUUUGCUUGUUCUUUUCCUAGCUGCUCCUCAUCCCCCUCACCAUGUAAGACAGGCUGCUGCAGAUAACUCCAGCUGUGUGCAUCUGCCCUGAGCUUAUCUCAAAGACCUCGUGGCCUCCCGUUCAGAAACAUGAAGUAGCUGUGAGCAUGCACACAGGAGCAUCUUCUGUGCCUUGUGAACCACCUGCCAGGUGGUGCCAACUCUCCUACCCUGUCCUGAGUGUGGAAUCACCUGUCUCUGCAAGAGCUGCCUGUAUAUAUGUGUGUUUAUUGAAAGCUCUUGGAGGAAAGAAAAAAAAAAAGUCUUAAAAGUCUUCAAACAUGUUUGGUAUUGUUCAUGCAUUUCUACACAGGGUUAGAAUUCAUGAAUUCAUGUUCUUCUGGGGUUUGCAACUUAGCUUUUUUUUUUUUUUUUUUUUUUUUUUUUUUUUUUGAACUGACGGGCCGCUGAGUAUCUGUCCCUUAGACCUCCCAGUGUUGCUGGCUUUCCACUUUUCAACUUGCUGUGGGUUUGCUGGCUAUUUCACUGAAUCUCUUAACACACAGCAGGUUUGUCUGGCUCCCAGGAGUAUGCAGAGGUUUUGCUGUUCUUUCGGUCCCUAGGAUGAAUGCUUUUAUUUGUUAUAAAUAAACAAAAUUAGAAGACUGA